AAUUUCGAUGAUGCUACCAAGCGUCCCAUCCCUAGACAGCGCCGCCGUGGCGGUGCACCAAGAUGCGUCAAAAGGUCGGUACGUUGUCGCCACCACAACGUACCAGGCCGGGGACAUUGUGUUCCAGGACCAAGCGUUUGUCUAUGCCAGUUGCAGCGGCGAGCACCUGUUGAACGGGGCACGCAACCCGCCGACGAUGGCCACCCUGCUCGACCCAGCAUGCGACACAGUUGACGAGUUCCACCCGAGCAUGCAUCGGCUGUUUGGCAGUCUUCUUGCGACCAUGCGCAGUCUGGACGUCAUUGGUGAAGUGGACCGAGCCAAAUGCAUCUUGAAAUGUGUCACCAAGUUUCUACAGCAUCCCGCGUCUCUCAAUGACAUGCUGUCGUUGUCGGCGGCGACGGCGAACGCUCCUGCUUGUGUCGACACGGCCCAGAAAUUGCUGCAGAAAUUUCCCGCCGUGUUUACCCAAGUGACCGUGCCAGUGCUGUCCAAGAUCAUUGGGAUACUCAACACAAACUCGCACGAGUUGGAGGCCGUCGUCGGUGGCGGCACCGGGUUGUUCUUGUCAGCGUGCUUAAUGGAGCACAACUGCUUUGCCAAUUGCAGCUUUACAACCAAGAACAACACGUUGUGGGUCACAGCCGUGCGACCAAUCCAAGUGAACGAACCGUUGUCCAUCGAUUAUGGCAACUUAUUCUACCGCCCUCUCCACGAACGCCAACAACAUUUGCAGCAAGGAUAUGGAUUUACCUGUGUGUGUCAAGCUUGUACUGAAUUCCCAGACAAGACACGAUCGUACCAGUGUCGACUCGACGGCUGCCCUGGCAUUGUUCACCCAUUUCCAGCGACUCCCGUGGAAGUCUACCGAUGCACGACAUGCCAUCAAGCAUGGUCGUCGGCGCAAGCCAAAGCAAUUGCAGCGAUGGAACUCGAGUUACAAGCCAAUAUCCCUACUACUUACCACGACAUUCUUCGCAUCGAAGCGUCGACACCCUUUCAUCGCUUCCAUUACGUGUUGUUCUGGGCAUUGGACAACAUGGGACUCAAGGGGGCUCAAGGCUUAGCACACGACGAAAACACGCUGGGGGCGAUGUGGAGCGAUUUGAUUUCAGGCAUCGAGUACGUCGUGCCAUAUGCGACCCACGAAAAGAUAAUUUAUUACGACCAGUUGGCCCAGAUCCAAGUCAUUACGGGUGAUAUUCCAGGCGCAGUGGAAGCGUAUGAGAUUGCAUAUGGCAUCUCGUGCGUCGUGAGUGGGGCCACGACACCCCCGACAUUGGCACUCAAGGAACUGAUGGCCCAUCCGCCGCGAAAUCGAUCAGAAUUGAUUGCACGAUACGGGCAUCAAGGAUAACAAUCCAUGGACAAUAACUACACUCCAAGGCGAUGAAAACACCAUUUGGUUGUAAAUAAUAUUACCGUAAACGAGUAUGCACGCACGCCAGCACGCCAGUACAGUAGUAAAAAAUCGUCAAGUGGCCACGCUUAAUUGAUAGUAACAGAUCAAUACCAGUG